AGAGAGCAUUCACUUCACCAGCAAUCGGAGUAGGCCUUGCACUGCCAGGAGCAAUGGCUUUUCAAGGCAGACAAGAUACGUCCAGGGGUCCUCUCCUUCCCUACAGCGACAACGAUCUCAACAGAAGUCCUGCCAUCUCCGCUCAACAUUGCACAAAGGUCGCUCUUCGGAUAAGAUAUCUCGUCCAGGAGAUCAUUCCCGUAGCCUACAAGGAAAGCCACGUCACGAAACCGAAUUCAAGGAUCAUCACGAACGAUGUAAUUGAGCUGGUACGGACGAGGGCCGGAGUGGAUUCCAAGGAAACGAAUGCGUGCGUUGUGUAUGCGCUUUUGAUGUGCAGGAGGUGGUUCAUGAAACAGUCAAAGUCAAACCUUCCUGAUGCCGAUCUCAACAAUCUUCGUGCUGUUGCGUGUGAUGUGCUUGCAAAGCAGAUCAUUGACACCACAGAUGAUGUGGACGAGCUUUUCAAGAGCCUUCUGUUUCGACGUUACUCCAUGCUACAAGCCGGUAGCGAAACUGACCGAAUCAGCGCUGCGGAAGCCGCAAUUGACCAACAUGUUACGUACGUUAUUGGAGCAAAUAACUUUCAGAGGUGCAUCACGUACCUCUGGAGGGGUUAUUGGGAAGUGGAUUCAGGACCAGAUGGGAUGACUUUUACCCCCAACCGCGAACUUACCAACACCUCCUUCAGAGUUCACUUGGACGGCGAGAAGAUCAAAACGCCAAGAUACCAGACUCUUUGGGGAGUUGUAACAUCGGUGAUAUUCCUGCUACUUUACACCAUCGCUGUGAACACCCCGGAUGCCAUUGGCCAGGUCGAUGUGGUUGAGAUCAUCCUGUACGUCUUUGUCAUUGCUUCGACCAUCGACGAGUUUGCAAAACUAUGGAAGGUUGGCAAGAUCGCUUACCUAGCGUUUUGGAAUGUAUGGAACUUGACUACUUAUACCAUGUUCCACAUCUGUCUUGGAUACCGCGUUGCGGCUGCCGUCACCAAGGAUUCUGAGAAGCAGUUGCAGUACAACUUGAGAGCCUAUCAGUUCCUUGCUGCUGCGGCUCCAUUAAUGUGGACACGCAUGCUCCUCUAUCUCGACACGAGUAAGUUUUUUGGUACUAUGCUUAUUGUUACGAAGGAGAUGCUGAAGGAAUCUGUUGUCUUCUUCGCGUUGCUUGCUGUUGUAGCGGCUGGUUUCAUCCAAAGUUUCUUGGGGCUGGACUCUGCUGACCGAGUGUUGGACUCGCCUGUUGCACUUCUUCAUUCGAUUAUCCAGGCCGUCCUUCAGUCACCGGACUUUGAUACGUUCAGGGAUUUUGCAAAACCAUUCGGUCCUAUCCUUUAUUACCUCUGGGUUUUUGUGACAGCUGUGAUUUUGCUGAACAUUCUCGUUGCGUUGUUCAACGUAGCGUAUUCAAACAUUACGGAUAACAGUACGGAUGAGUUUUUGGCUUUGUUCUCACGCCGGACGCUCAAUGCCGUGCGAGCCCCGGAUGAGAAUGUCUUUCUCGCUCCUUUCAACCUGGUCGAGGUCAUAUUUCUUUUGCCGUUACAGCCCCUGCUGUCUCGCUCGGCUUAUCAAACCCUCAACAGGAAGGUCAUCUUUGUACUGUACUUUCCUUUUCUUUGCGGAAUUGCCUACUUUGAAAGUCGGUUCCAGGCCAAGUGGAUUCAGAAGAACAAAAGUCACGGCGAGGAACUCGGACAGGAACCCGAUGAAGAUUGGGAAGGCGAGGAUGAGUUUGCGGCAUUAUCGGAAGACGGAACCGAAGCGGGGAGCAAGUGGAAGAAGAUGGUGAGGGAAACGGCACCGAACCCCGCGGAACAGUAGACGUUAAGCGAUGCAUCAAGACAGUUAAGGUACCGCUUACGUAUACCCAAUGGAACUUCAUGACGGGAAGGCCCAAGUCGGGUGCCGCAGUCCAC